CAAUAAUCGCGGCAGGUCUCUGCUUAGCUCGCCGCCGCGAUUUGGGGCAGCCCGCAAAGUCACGCCGUGCACACGCCCGUCGCAGCAGCCCCGAGCCGCAGCGACACGCCGCCGCCGCAAGCGUUCGUACCCCGGGCAGCAGCCGAAACAGAAACAGCCUACCAGAAACAAUGGGCUCGGAUAGCGACGACGACUCUCGCCGCAAGAGCAGGAAAAUGUCCGACGACGACAAGUCGCGCUCGAAGUCCCGCUCGCGCAGCCGCUCGCGCAGCCGCGGCGGCGGCAACAACAACGGGAGACUCACGAAAGUGGUUGAUAUAGCUAAGGACGACGCGGCCUUUGUCCUUGGUAGAGGCGGCGCGACGAAGCGCAAGAUCGCUAGAGUGAGUGGUGCCGACAUUGAACUAGAUGAACACGCCCUCACGAUCACGCUGAACGGGACGGAGUCGCAAUGUAAUCACGCCAUCGACUACAUCGACUUCAUCAAGCAGCAGCGCGUCGGCCCCGUGACCAUCGACACGGAGCGGUCGCGGGGCGACUACACGGCGUAUACCGUACCCGGCGACUGCAUCGGCUUCGUGAUGGGUAGGAACGGGCAGACGCUGCGGAGCAUGGAGGAGGAGUGGGGCGUGCUGAUGUUCUUUGCGAAGACGGGGAAAGAUGGGGGCGAGUCGAGGAGAGGGGAUGAUGAACAGUUGUGUAUUUUCGGGCCGCUCGCGGCGCGUCGCGGUGCGGAACUGAAGACGAUGUCUGCGGUCGAGCACAAGCAUCCUGGGUACUGCGUGUCUUCUAAAGGUGAAUUGAGAGAUGUGGAUCGAGUGCCGGGCGACGACGACGAAGGCGGCUGGGGCAUCGACACGGUGCCGCUGACGGACGAUUCGUUCUCGUACGCUCUUGGAGCGCGCGGGUCUACGCGUAGGAAGCUAGCUGCUGCCUCGGGCUGCAUCAUCGAGUACGUGGGCCGCUUGGCCUGUUUCGCCGGUUAUAGGCAGGACCGCCGCCGCGGCAAGGACUACCUCCGCUGGCUCCUCGAGCAGCGCACGGGCCAGUCUGUGGUGGACGAUCCUAGAAGCCGCGACGACUGCACCAUCGUGAAGGUCCCGUCGAAGAGCGUCGGCUUCCUCACGGGGUAUAGGGGAGAAUCUUUACGAGCCAUCGAGCGAGAAGCGGGCACGUUUAUGUUCACGGACGGCAGCGGCCGCGACGGUCCCGAGGAGAACCUACUGAUCUUCUCCUUUUCGCGGAGAAACCGCGACCACGCGGCGGAGAUCGUCCAGGAUCGCGUGAGACAUCACGAGCGGGUCGGGGAUCGGCCGCCGAUGGACCGCGGCGGGGGCUAUGGGGGGCCGCCGAUGGGAGGAGGAGGCUACGGAGGCCCGCCUAUGAGAGACAACAUGUGCUGCGGCGGUGUCCAAAUAAAAAUCAUACGUCGAUGGCGUCGAGGUGGGCUCUCACUGGUUCAUUUGCGCGCAGGUGCUGGGACUUUCAAAAAGGGCGGUGCACGCGCGGCGCGAUGUGCCGCUUCUCGCACGGCGAGCCGCCGAUGGGCGGCGGCGGUUACAACCAGGGCUACGGGGGCGGCCGGGGCCGCUCGCGCUCGCGCAGCCGCGACCGGAACCGCGACCGCGGGCGCCGCCGCCGCGACGACUCGAGCUCGCGCUCGCGCUCGCGCGGGCGCCGCCGCCGCCGCGACUAGGAGCUCGGCCCUUCCCCUUCCCCGCCCCCAUCUCGUUCUAUGAUCAUCACGAUCCAUCACCUCGUUCUCUCCUGUUCGGUCUGUCUGGGGGCAAGUUUGUGGGGGGCUUCUUCGUCAUCACACACGUCGCCGGACUUGUCGCCGGGGACUCGCUGGUCGCGGCGACGUCGUCGAGGCGUGUGAUGUCCCUUGGUGGCGCACUCGCCGAGGAUCGCGUCGGUUGUGUUGCCCGCGCAAGCUCUUGUUGCUCCUGCUUGAUCGUUAUGAAGGACUGCCUGGAGAGCUGCUACGGUGCUAAGACUAG